AUGCUUCAGCCUCCUAUUAUGGGAGAUAUUCCUGCUGUAAGACUUUCUCAAGUAAAACCUUUCUCUGAAGUUGGAUGCGACUAUGGCGGUCCAUUCUCUUUAUUAAGAUAUCGUGCACGAGGUGAUAAGUCCUAUAAAGCCUAUAUUUGCUUAUUUGUGUGCAUGGCCACGAAAGCUUUGCAUUUAGAACUUGUUUCCGACCUUUCCUCCGAGACUUUUCUGGUUGCACUGCGUCGAUUCAUUUCUCGUAGAGGUCGCUGCAAUCAUAUUUAUUCCGAUUGUGGAACGAACUUUGUCGGAGCUUCUAGAGAACUGAUUAAUAUGCUAAAAUCCGCCGCUGAGCAAGAACAAAUUUCCUGGCACUUCAAUCCUCCAAGCGCGCCUCAUUUUGGUGACCUGUGGGAAGCAGGAAUAAAGUCUGUAAAACUCACAUUAAAAAGGGUUAUUGGUGAUCAAUUGCUCACAAAUGAGAGAUCCAUUAUCGACUAUAUCCUAAUCAGUAGACAUCAUAGAAACGACGAUGUAAGAGUAAGAAGAGAGGUCGAGAUAAACAGCGAUCAUUAUUUAACUGCAGCAGAAACCCGAAUAGGUAAUGUCAGGGAAGACCAAUCGGAUCCCAAUCAAAGUAAAAGAAUUACUCUUAAGAAACUUAAUAAAAACCGAAUUAGGGUACAUCGGCUGAAUGAUACGGAUAUAGCAAGAAAAUACCAAUUCAUGAUUAAACAAAGAUUAUGCAAUGUAAAAACAGACCAAAUGAGAGUAGAAGAUUUGUGGACUCUUUUUAAAACAUCAAUUUUGAUAACAGCCGAAGAAGUAUGUGGAAUAAGUAGAGAUAAUAAAACUAGAAAGCAGACGGCAUGGUGGAGUAAGAAUUUAAAAGAGCAAGUUAAGUGCAAGAAACAACGUUGGAAAGAGUAUUUACAGGACAGCACGGAACAAUCUUAUAAUCUCUAUAAAGAACAGAGAAAUAAAGUUAAGCUAUUGAUCAAGGAAGCAAAAAACAAAUCGUGGGAAGAGUUUGGGAACAAAAUGCUAAACGACUAUCACGCUAACCAGAAAUUGUUCUACCGUGUUCUUAAAAACCUCAAAACUGGCAAUCAACAAAGUUCAGUUAAACAAAUAGGCGACUCGAAUGGAAAUUUAGUCACCAACGAACAAGAAAUAAUAAAAUGCUGGAAAGAAUACUUCCAGAAGUUAUUAUGCACAGAUGAUGUUAUUACUAACUCGCAAGAAACUGAAUUAGCAAGUAAUAUUAACACAACGGCGUAUAGAAAAAUUGACGAAACGGUCGAAGCAAUAAAAAUGUUGAAGAAGGGGAAAGCUGCGGGUCAUGACAAUAUAACAGGAGAAAUGUUGAAGAAUUUAGGAGAAAGUGCUGUCACUGUUUUCACUGAUUUGCUCAAUAAAAUCAUAAAUGAAGAGGAGGUACCCCGAGACUGGGAAUUGGGAAUUAUUUUGCCUAUAUUCAAGAAAGGUGAUAAAACAACAUGUGUGUAUAGAGGCAUCACUUUGCUUAGCAUACCAUCGAAGGUGUUUGAAAGAAUUCUGGAACAACGAUUAAAGGGGGACACAGAUGAACUACUCGAUCAAGCACAGAGUGAUUUCAGAAAGGGAAGAAGUGUGCAGGACCAUAUAUUCACGCUCAAACAAAUGGCAGAAAGAAUAAAAGUAACGGGGAAAAAUAUAUAUGUAGCAUUCCUAGAUAUCGAAAAAGCUUUCGUUAGGGUUCCUAGACAAGUCGUGUGCGAUAGCCUAAAGAAAAGGAGUGUCCAUUCAAAGCUGAAGAGUGACAUAGUGUGUUUAUACAAAAACACAAGGAACUAUGAUACAAGUGCAGCUGUUACAAGAGUAUACGCCGGUUAUAGAAAUCUACAACCAAUUUGGAUAAAAGAAUGCGCAUUUGCAGACGACUUGGCAAUUUUAGCUAACAGCGAAAAAGAACUGAAAAGAAAUUUAGAAAUCUGGCUGGAGAGAGAAAUCUAA